CAUCCCUUUUCCCUUCAUCAUUUAUAUGAUUCCUCUCCCAGUCACCAAACUCUGCUAUUCCUCCAAACACCACUCACCUGCAAAGAGACGCACAGCAGGAGGAAAAAAGAAGAAGGAGAGAGUGUAGAACCCAACAAUGGAAGCUCUCAUGUCCCAAUUCACCUUCCUCUCCGAUCAGGCACUGCACGACAAGAGCUUCGACCCGUCCACGAUCGAGGACCUCAUGCGGCUGUUCGAGAUCGAGGCCUACAAGUCGUGGGCGGCCGCGGAGCUCGAGGGCCGGGAGGAGGAGCUCAAGGCCGAGGCGGUCCUGGAGGAGGCCGAGGCUGAACUUAACUCGGCCAUGGAGAGGGCCAUGGACGAGUUCCGGCGGUUUGAGGAGGAGGCCGAUCGGAUAUCAAAGGAGGAGCACAACAAGCUGGUGGAGACGGCCGAGAGGGCAAGGACCAUGGGGAACGUGAUGGAGAAGGCCGCCAGCAUCGCCUCGAAGAAGUAUGUCGAGGCCGCUAUCAACUCCGCCACCGCGUCGAUGAGAUCCGCCUUGAAGGGGCUGUCCACCAAGAAGGUCCAUCCUUCCUGAGUGGUUCUAGUAUGCAUAUCCAUACCCCGGAAGCCGUAGAACCCGUGAUUUCCGGAUUCGAAAAUAUCGGUAUCUUAUAUGAUGUCCUAAUGCUCAUGUUUAAGGCAAUAACAGUGGAAACAUGUAAUAUGUCCCAGAAAUCUUAGGGAAGUGGCUUCUCUUACUCGGCCAAAUCGUCCCUCUGAUCUGACUAUGCCUUGUAUGACUCCUGUAGUAAACACAAAUUGAUUAUUGCAGCAUACUGAAAAACGUCAGAAGUUUAGAUCCA